AUGGCACAACAUGCGAGGUUGAAUAUUUGCUGUGCUGCGGAUGCCGCUGACGGCGAUGAUGAAGAAGCCCGCCGAGCUGGCCCACCUCCCGUUGGUCUCCGCUCCCAAGUUUCUCAUUCGGUUGGUACUGCGAUGUGCACCGGCGCCAAUCUGCUUUCUUUGCCGCCCCAGACGGGUGUGCAUAAGGAUGGAAAGUGGGAAAAGCCGGAUGACAAUCCCAGGAUAACAGUAGACCAGUCUCUACUCUUCGCCAUCACAGCAUUUCACUAUAUCAUGGCCCAACCAUCAUUUGCAUACUACCCCGAUUCACAGCAAAGACAACAUUUCACUAGUCACCCUUCAGACAUGCAAUCAUAUUAUGGUCAGGUGCAGGCAUUCCAACAACAACCGCAGCACUGUCUGGCGGAGCAGCAGCCCCUCUACACUGCCCCCCUCAUGAACAUGCACCAGAUGGCUACCACCAACGCCUUCCGUGGCGCCAUGAACAUGACCCCCAUUGCCUCUCCUCAGCCGUCACACCUCAAGCCCACCAUUGUGGUGCAGCAGGGCUCGCCUGCCCUGAUGCCUCUGGACACGAGGUUCGUUGGCAACGACUACUACGCAUUCCCCUCCACCCCACCACUCUCCACCGCUGGAAGCUCCAUCAGCAGCCCGCCUUCUACCGGCGGCAGCCUUCACACCCCGAUCAAUGACAGCUUCUUCGCUUUCGAGAAAGUGGAGGGGGUCAAGGAGGGAUGCGAGGGCGAUGUUCAUGCCGAGAUUCUGGCCAAUGCCGACUGGACGCGGUCUGACUCGCCGCCCUUGACACCUGUGUUUAUCCAUCCGCCCUCCCUCACCGCCAGCCACACAUCGGAGCUUUUGUCUGCUCACAGCUCCUGCUCAUCCCUUUCUCCCUCGCCUUCUCCUGUUACUCCCACAUUCAUUGCCCAGUCUCACUCGGGUCUGCCGACUGAGCCCUCUAGUUCCGACUUCUGCGACCCUCGUCAGCUCACUGUCGAGUCGUCUAUCAACGCUACCGCGGCCGAGCUCCCUCCAUUGCCCACGCUUUCCUGCGAUGACGAGGAGCCCCGCGUUGUUCUGGGCAGCGAGGCCGUGACCCUGCCUGUCCAUGAUACCCUCUCCCCCGCCUUCACUUGCUCGUCUUCUGAGGAUCCUCUCAGCAGCCUGCCCACCUUUGACAGCUUCUCAGACCUUGACUCGGAAGACGAAUUCGUCAACCGCCUGGUCGACUUCCACCCUAGUGGCAACGCUUACUACCUGGGUGAAAAGCGACAGCGUGUGGCGACGUUCGCGCUGGACGAGGAGGAGUUCUUCAGUGAGCAGAGCUUCGACGAGUCAGACGACCAGAAUCUCUCUCAGUCUGGUCUUCCCUUCCUGGGAAGCCACGAAUUCACUGGGAUCCCGGGCACUAUCAAUGAAAUCUCGGAAGAGAUGAGCACCAAGAAGCGGAGCAACGCUCGCAAGUCGCUCAAGAGGGCUAGCACCUCGGACAGCGAGUCGGAGACCAUUGGCGUCAUGGGCAAGAAGUCGCAGCUUUCCGCCAACAGCCGUGCCAACAGCACCGAGACCAACUCGCCGGCACCCCAGGCGACCCAGUCCCGGCACAACUCUGAUGCCUCGUGUAUGUCUAGCGCAUCGGAGGCUCCAUCUGCCCCCGUCUCAGUCAACCGCCGUGGUCGCAAGCAGUCUCUGACUGACGACCCCUCAAAGACCUUUGUGUGCUCCCUCUGCUCCCGUCGCUUCCGUCGUCAGGAACAUCUCAAGCGUCACUACCGCUCCCUCCACACUCAGGAUAAGCCGUUCGAGUGCAACGAGUGCGGAAAGAAGUUCUCGCGGAGCGACAACCUUGCGCAGCAUGCUCGGACUCACGCGGGUGGAUCAGUCGUGAUGGGCGUCCUCGAGACUGGCAACGCAUCGCCGACCCCGUACGAAGAGCGCGACCCUAACACGUUAGGCACGGUUCUGUACGAGGCCGCCAAUGCGGCUGCCACCAAGUCCACUACCAGCGAAUCCGAGGACAGUGUCUCGGACGCACCGGUGGUCGACCGACGAGCCCCUAAGAAGCGCAAGCGUGAGGGCGAUGCCUAG